AUGCGUUGUCCGCUCUUCAUGCUCCUCCGCUGUACGCAGAAUCAGCAGGCGACAAUCUUCUGCCCGCACCACCACUGCUGCGUCAAAACGUCGCUGUGGGUUAACGACACCGUGAUGUCCUCCCUUCGGGCCAUCCGCACUCGCCCCCCGCUACUGCUGGUGGUGGUGUUGUACAUGGGAGUAGCGACGUGGUUCAGCAUUGCCAGUCUGUCCAUGCAUCGCCUGCAGGAUCGCAAGGAAGUGUCCGAUGGCUUCCCGUACAACGGGAAAUUUUACGUGCAUUACAUUCGAUUUAAACCGGAUAACGGUAAUACGACGCUGCGGUUUCUGGAUUAUGUCAGCAUAAUGUCGGCGCUGAAGAAUGUCCGGCCGGAUAAAAUUCUCGUUCAUGGCGAUGCGGAACCAAGCGGUGAGAUAAAAAUUAAUUUUGGUAAAGGCAACAAAAAGGAAGUGGCAUAUCGAGAGCACUCUGCCGACAUCGCUAAACUGGACGCUCUACUGGAAUACGGGGGCGUUGCCGUGGAUUUUGACGUGUUCUUCGUCCGUGGCGAGCGUAUCAAGGAAAUCCUGCAGCAGAAGCAAUCCAUCACGUGCUACGGCGACGAAGACGGCUACAACAUCGGCUUCGUUGCCGGCCGGAACUCGGCUCCGCUCCUCAACGCCGGGCGGCGCAGUUACGAGGAUAUCUACCAGAAAGAUUGGAAUUUUAAUCAAGCUAAGGUUUCCCGGUAUUUAAGCAUCAUAUACCGGGAAUCUAAUUAUGUCGCCGGUGCCGUCUGCAACAACCCGCACCCACACGGACUGCGUAGGUUUUUCACGGAAUUUGGGAAGAUGAACUGGAGCAACUCGAUGGCCAUCCACACGUAUCACAGACACAGCGGGGUGGUGAUGGAAAGUCCAGAAGAUCUUUACACCGGAAACUACACGAAUACUACGAACGCGGAAAUGCUGCGGACUUUGUUCGAAAGGAAAAACUUGCCGCCGGUGGAUCCGACAUUCCGGGAUGAGAUGGACCCGUUGACUGGACUGAAAGUGGAUCGCUGCAACGAUUACAACGAAGGCAAUAUCUGGGACAUUGCCGAGCGUAACUGUGGCAAGCGUUGUCACGACGGAGAUCCGGCAGAACGUUUCCUCAAGAACCGUUACGACAAGUAA